UCAAACGAAUCCCAGCGAAAGUACCAAUUACCAAACACAACCCAGUUGACUACCUAAGGCUGGCGCACUUUAGUGGCAUCAUUAUUCACAGCCAUGAAGGGGCUGAAUACGCAUUCCCAACCCUUCUCUCCAUAUCUCUCCUCAAACUCACACAGUCGUCCAUGGCGGGCCGAUCGGUUCGAAAGAGACCAAACAAGCAAUUGAACCCUAAGCCCCUUCCUUCCAUGGCCUCUUCUUCGUCGUCCUCUCGUUUUAGUUACAAAAAGAUCUCUAUGUUCAUUUCGAUCGUUUUGAUUAUAAAUAUUGUCGUUCUGUUGAGCAAAUCGUCGAACAUGUGGAGCAUAGGUGGAAUCAAUGCCCAUUCCAACAAUCUUUACUCCAUCGAAGUAGUCAAUGAAUUCCCUCACGACCCUAAAGCCUUCACCCAGGGGCUUCUUUACGGAGGAAACGAUACCCUACUUGAGUCAACGGGGCUUUACGGGCAGUCAACAGUCCGUAAAGUAGCUCUUCAAACCGGGAAGGUUGAGGCACUUCAAAAAAUGGAUGAUUCUCAAUUUGGAAAGGGUUUAACUCUUCUUGGUGAAAGGUUGUAUCAAGUAACUUGGUUGAAGAAAACUGGUUUCACAUAUGAUCGAUAUAAUUUAAGCAAAUUGGAUAAAUUUACUCAUCAGAUGCAAGAUGGUUGGGGGCUAGCAACUGAUGGGAAAGUUUUGUUUGGAACUGAUGGAACUUCAAUGUUGUAUCAGAUUGACCCUCAGACAUUUAAAGUCAUUGGAAAAAGAACUAUCCGGUACAAAGGUCAUGAAGUGCAUAACCUCAAUGAACUAGAAUAUGUAAAUGGUGAAGUUUGGGCAAAUGUAUGGCAGACCGACUGCAUUGCUAGAAUCUCAUAUAAAGAUGGUGCUGUCCUUGGAUGGAUUCUCCUGCAAAAUUUAAGGGAAGGAUUGCUAAUGUCUGGGAAAAAUGAUAUUGAUGUUUUGAAUGGCAUAGCAUGGGAUGAAGACAAAAACCGCCUAUUUGUGACCGGAAAACUAUGGCCAAAGCUGUAUGAAAUCAAGCUGCGCCCGUUGAAGAAGCAUGUUCAUGUAGACAUUGAGCACAUUUGCAUCCAAAUGCCAUUCCACUUUACAAAACAAGGCUAAAACAGAUAUAUACCUGACGAAACUGUGACAUGUUGCAUGAUGAGCUUAAGAGAAUUUCAAUUUUGUCUUCUUGUAUAUGUAUUUUUCAUGUAAAUUUCAAACUGAAGCACAAAAAACACAGAUAGUGGUUACUGAAAACGGAAUGACGAGAGUAGACUUAUAUAUAUAUAUAUAUAUAUAAAACACAUAUGUAUAUAUAUAUGUAUGCAUAAAGAGUUAGCAUGGGUCUCAAUGUUUCAUAA